AUGAAUAAAGUGAUCAAAAUAGAAGUUUACGAUGAAGAUGUACCGGGCGGUGAAGGCAAGCCCGGUAUUCACAUAAUUAACAUUGAACCUGCGAAGAUUUCUGACCCAUUGGAAUGGAAACAAAAAACCGCUGGACAGGAAAACGAACAGCAGCACGUUUCAACCGUUAACAAGAUUGUUGUUUGCAACUUAGUUCAGAAACAUGAAGUCGCGACUAGCGAAAAAGAUUCGGAGGUAAACUUACAAGCAAUUCGGAGCAAACGACGUCUUCGGCAGAAGCCGCGUGCAACAGUUAAGAAAAAAAUCAAUAAUUAUGAGAAAGCGGCAUUAACGGAUAGUUCAAUAAGGCAAUCGGCUGCUAAUCAACUACCUGUUGAGGAUAAUGACCACGAGACGCGAAAGCCGAGUAAGCGCAAAUGUAAAGUAUGUGGCAAAGAAGUAGCAAAUAUGCAGGAUCAUCUUGUUGUUCAUACCGGCGAGCAACCGUACAAGUGUGACAAAUGCAACAAAAGAUUUAAUCUGAAAGGAAAUUAUCUCCGACAUCGGCUUAUUCACACCGAUGUGUUCAAGACUGCUUUCCAGUGUGACAUCUGUGAAAAGGGAUUUAACAGUUCGACAUCGCUAAGGUACCACUCAAGGAUCCACACCGGCAAUCUAUUGAAGUGUACUAUUUGCGACAAAGAUUUCACCAUUCCUGCCGAAUUGAAGCGACACGUGGCGACUCAUCUGGAGGGUAUGAUAGAUUGCGAUAUUUGUGGAAGACAAUACGCGGGUAAGAUUGGCCUUAGAAAACAUAGACGUCGGGCGCAUGGUAUCAAAUCUGAAAAAGUGACCAACAUCGAAAAUAACGUCGCUGCUGACGAAAAUGGCACUAAACAGAAUAUCAAACCAUUGAAGAAACGGUCCGAACUAGUCAAAGAAAAUCAUUAUUGCAUUAAAUGCAAAAAAGGAUUUACUUUAAAGAAGGAUUUCUUGCAACAUUCCUGUGUAGUAAAACGGCUAAGCCACAGAUGUGACGUUUGUAACGAGGUUUUCAGUUCGACGGCUGUUUUGCACCGGCAUAUGAAAAGUCAUUCAGAUGUUGCAACUAACCGUAAUCAACUUUAUACGUGUGGCAAGUGCGGUAAACCAUUCACCGUCCUGGCCGAACUCAAACAGCACCAAAUUAAGUCAUGUAAUGGCGAAUCUGAUGCGAGCAACACGACGGUACAUUCUUCGGUAUUUUGA